UUUAGCAUAACAAUGGAGUUUAGAGAAGAAGAAGAAGAAGAAGAAGCCGGCUGCCAUGGCGGCGGCUUCUUUGGCUCUCACCGUCCUCUUCCUCCUCAUCACCACCGCCCCCUCCGACCAUGGUAUAACGCCGGCGACGUUAUCCCCUUCUAUGCCUACAAAAUUGGCCCUUUUCACAACCCAGUAGAAAAGCACAGAUGCUUCAAUCUUUCAUUUUGGUCCUCACCUCAGACGUUGCAAUUGAGGAGAAAGAGACUCUUGGGCAAGUGCUUGAAGGUGGUGAUCUUGUUGUUGCUCCAUAUAAGAUUGAGUUCCUUGUUGAUCUUGAAUCACAUGAGGUUGAAGGGAGAGGAGGUGACCAAGUUUAGGGAUGCAGUUAAGACUUGAGAGUGAUUACUAGUUCUAAAUGUUCUUGGAUGGUCUCCCAAUUUGAGGAUUUCUUGGGAGGAUUAACCAUUGAAAUUACCCAGUUCCAAGUAAACCCAAGUAUUUACUCUUUGAAAAACUGUAUUUUGGGAUCUUUUUCAAAGAGGGGAUCAUGUUACUGAGUGUUAUCUUCAAAUGGAGUUGAAUUCAGAUGAAUAUGUGGAUAUUACUGAGGACAAGGAGAUGAAAGUGGAGUUUUUGUAUUCUGUGAAGUGGAAGAAGACUGACAUUCCCUUUGACAAAAGAAUGUAGAAAUACUCCAACUUUAACUAUUAUAGGGAGAUUCAAUGUUCUCAGCUAUAAAUUCAUGUGUUUUGGUUCUUCUCCUCACUGGAUUCCUUGCAAACCAUACUCGUCCAUGUGUUGAUGAAUGAUUUAGCAAAGUGAAAAUUUUCUCUCUGUUUGAUACUACAUUGUUGCCUAGGCUUUAGAUUCAAUGUUUUGAUUGCAUAGCAUGGAAAAUGUUUGACCAAAACUUUCUCCAAUUUUUAUACUGUAAUACUGACUUUUGAUGAAUUGGAAUAGUGAUUUUUUUUU